AAAGGAGGCACACUCUAUCCAAAUUUGAGAAGUUGAAGGCCUCUCCAAGGCAUCAAAUAACAUGCCUAACUUUCAGGGUUUUUUUCUCGUUUUGCACAAUAUUAAGUUCCCAGGCCUGCAAAUUUGACCAAUUAAAAAGGCUAGGUCAGCUACAUACUUCUAUAAUCCUUACAUAGAGAAGAGAGCAACAAUCAUAAGCUCUGCCUUUUGCACAUUAGACAGGAAAGAAAGGCUUUACCAGGUCUGGGAGGAAGUGUGAAAGAGGUUUGCUAGUGACAGCACCCAACUAGAUCAGCAUGCUUAGUUAGAAGUAUGCACCACAAACUUGCCUGCAACACACUUUUCUUGAAAAUGAACUUGGGCACUGUUUUCCUGAUUAUAUUUCUGAUGGCUUUCCCCUUCAGCCUGAAAGGUGCUGAACCCAGGAAUGAUGUGAUUUGUGGCUUUUUGGGUGAUUCAGUUCUUCUGCCUGUUCCCAAAUUCACAGGGACACUAACCCGACUACAAUGGAAUAAGUUACUUCCUGACAAUUCUGCCAGAUUAAUUGAUCGCAAAACAACAUGGAACAAUGAAAAUGAAACAAGGAAGAAGUACACUAUUUUAAACAAUGGAAGCCUGAGAAUAGAUACAUUGGUGAAGGAAGAUGCUGGAAAUUACACAGUGCAAGGACAUGAAAAUAAGGUUUCAUUAUUUAAGACAACCACUGUUAUUUUGGAAGUUCAUAAACCCUUGCCUCAACCGCAGAUCAUUGAAAAUUGCUCCAAGAAGAAAUUGAUCUGUCGGGCUGAAACCACUCAAAACACUAUAGCAAAGCUGUUUCAUAAUGAUAAAGUAAUGAAUAUUCAAGGAACAACGUAUGUCAACGGGACACAGUGGUGGACAUUUCAACAAACAAACCUUUCAGGGAAAUUCAAGUGUGAGAUUACCAGCUGUUCUUCGAAGAAGCAGAAUGAGAAGGAUAUCAACUGCUUGGAAACAGCUUCUCUGCUAUUGAAUUUGAAUUACCUAAUGAUGAUUGGAGGCGGUGUUGUCAUCUUUAUCAUCUCUCUGGCUCUGAUUGUUUACUGUGUCAGAAAGAAGAGAAGAGAAAGACGUGAAGUCGAAGAACAGGAAAGAGAACUGCUGGCGAUGGCGAAUGAUGAUUUGAAACGUCGGAAGCUUCCUCAACCUCCGGUUCAUUCUGGUCCUAACCAGGCACACCAGCAGCAACAAAGGGGGCCACUGCUUCAUCCUGAUCCAAAGCAGGAGGGCCCCCCACCUCAGCCGCAUCCACGUCCACCUCAACGGAAGCCGCCACGACACAUGAAAGAAAGACCAUAAAUUUGGAAGUGUCACACAUCAUCACAUUUGCCUAUGAUGGUAGACCUUGAUGGUCAACUUAAUGCACUCAUUCAGUACAUUUAAGAGAUCUUAAUAAUGAAACAUUUGCAAUUGUAAUAAAUUUAUUGUACCAUGGGCUGAGAUUUCUUGGGCCAGAGUCCACCUCAGAAUGCAACAGUUUAGGUUCAAAUCAUGAAGGUUUAUUCCACAAUAUAAUAUAGCUAUUGAUCUUUGAAGAUACAUAUCAAUCUUCCUUUUUCUUGCUGCAACAGAAUAAAUCAAGUUGUGGAUUCUUGAUUUCAGGUCUGUACAUUCCAAUUUGGAGGAAAGAAUAUGACUCAGAAUAUAUUUGCAUGUUUGAUGAUGUUGAGAAAAACCAUAUGUAAGAGGCAAAAGGAGUUUUCCCAGUAUAUAAAGAUUUUUUUUCCGUGUCAGGAGCGACUUGAGAAACUGCAAGUUGCUUCUGGUGUGAGAGAAUUGGCCAUCUGCAAGGACGUUGCUGAGGCGAUGCCCGGAUUUUUGAUGUUUUAUCAUCCCAUGGGAAGCUUCUCUCAUGUCCCCGCAGGGGAGGCUGGAGCUGACAGAUGGGAGCUCACCCUACUCCCUGUAUUUGAAUCACCAACCUAUAUAAAGAUGUAUAUGAUGUAAAGAGACAUUAUAUGCAUUGCAUAUAGUGCCUGCACUCAUUUUCUACUCAAACAUUUUGGGGUCCAGAUCGAGUGGCUAUACAGCCACGCUCUUUUCAUAGUUUUAACCUUCCAGAUUAUUCCAUCAAAACAGGACAGAGAGGUUCUUAUGUUCCUUCCUGCUGUUUUCCCACCUACAACGAAAAAUAUUAUUACUACCACUAUUUUUUGGAUCUUGACUUUGAGUGUGAAUUAAAUCUUGCUUUUCUUGCCAUUCUUACUCUGCUCUUAGGUUCUGUCCCUUAUUUGCUUUUGUUUUUGUUUUUAACUUGGAGACUCUUCCUAUAAAUUCUUGGCUCUUGAAUGGACACUGAUUGUGUUUCCAUGGAUCUCCAAAAUUUCUCAGAUUAAAAUGAAGACACACAUCGUUUAGAAACAUAAAACUACGUAUGAUCAAGUUGACAAAAGUUGUUAUGAGUAAGGAUAGGCAAGCAAGGAGAGGAUGCAGCAUUUUGCAUUAACCUUAUUCGACUGGAAAGGGCAAGAUUCUGCCUCAUCCUUGCCUUUUCCUCCUGCUGAAUUAAUAUUAGAGGGCAAACUAUUUUGACUUCAGCUUGCCGAAUAGAAAUAUGCCAAGGACAAAGGAAGUCUGGCAGGAGGAUAGAGAAAAUGGGAUAUUUUUAAAAGUGCUGAAAAUGUAGGAUGAUAAGAUUAAUCAUGAUUAUUGCAUCUGCCAAAUCAGGACAGUUGAAGGGUGUAUGGUACCUGAUCAUACCUAGAAGUAUUCUAGCCCUGCAACCCAUGUACAUUUUGGUUCUCAACAAACACAUCAGUUGAAUAGGAAAAGAUGGAAACCCCAUCAACAGAGAUUAAGGCUCCAGCUUUAGUGUCAUAUAUGUUAGUCCUGCACCCAGGACAUGCCAGACUUCCCCUGAGCAAGAACUUUUCCUGCUUCAGCAAUAUCACCAUCUUUCACAAGAAAGAUAAAACAUUUACUUUGUGUCUUUUAAAUAUGUUAUAUAACCAUAAUUAUUUUUGUAUAAUCCUAAAAUGUUAUGCUAUAUCUGAACUGUGUUUGUGCAUUAAAUAAUAUGUGAAGAAAUAAAAAGAUGACUUGGGAUUAA